CAGCGGCUGACUGUUGGUGCCUGGACCCUGAUGCGGUGUGUGUGAAGGAACAGACGGACUCUCUUCCCUCAGGUAGCACAGAUGGAGACGGAUAAACAGGUCCUCUUAAACAUUUUGAAUCAUUUAAAUGCAAAGGACUUUGAAACCUUCAAGUGGUACCUGCAGGGGGCUCUGAAAGAUGUCCCAGCAAUCCCAACCUUUCAACUGGAGCAUGCCAAGAGGACAGAUACAGUGGAUCUGAUGGUGCACACCUACGCAAAGGACACAACUCAAGUGGCCAGAAAGGUUUUGCAGAGGUUGCAAAGGAAUGAUCUGGUGGGGAAUUUGUUGCACACUACUUCAGGAUCUACAGAGAUUAUUGGCAACUGUCAGCAAAAAGUCAAAUCCAACCUGAAGAAGAAGUUUCAGUGUUUAUUCGAGACAAUCACAAAAGCAGGAAAUGCCAAACUUUUAAAUGAGAUCUACACCGAGCUCUACAUCACAGAGGGAGGGACUGCAGGGGUCAAUGAUGAACAUGAGGUCAGACAGAUUGAAACAGCAUCCAGGAAACCAGCAACACCAGAAACAACCAUCAGACAAGAAGACAUCUUUAAAGCCUCACCUGGAAGAGACAAACCAAUCAGAACAGUGAUGACAAAGGGAGUGGCUGGCAUUGGGAAAACAGUCUUAACACAGAAGUUCACUCUGGACUGGGCUGAAGACAAAGCCAACCAGGACAUACAGUUCACAUUUCCAUUCACUUUCAGAGAGCUGAAUGUGCUGAAAGAGAAAAAGUACAGCUUGGUGGAACUUGUUCAUCACUUCUUUACUGAAACCAAAGAAGCAGGAAUCUGCAGGUUUGAAGAGUUCCAGGUUGUGUUCAUCUUUGACGGUCUGGAUGAGUGUCGACUUUCUCUGGACUUCCACAACAAUGAGAUCCUGACUGAUUUUACAGAGUCCACCUCAGUGGAUGUGCUGCUGACAAAUCUCAUCAAGGGGAAACUGCUUCCCUCUGCUCGCCUCUGGAUAACCACACGACCUGCAGCAGCCAAUCAGAUCCCUCCUGACUGUGUUGACAUGGUGACAGAGUUCAGAGGGUUCACUGACCCACAGAAGGAGGAGUACUUCAGGAAGAGAUUCAGAAAGAAGCAGGCCAGCAGAAUCAUCUCCCACAUCAAGACAUCACGAAGCCUCCACAUCAUGUGCCACAUCCCAGUCUUCUGCUGGAUCACUGCUACAAUUCUGGAGGAUGUGAUGAAGACCAGAGAGGAAGGAGAGCUGCCCAAGACCCUGACUGAGAUGUACAUCCACUUCCUGGUGGUUCAGACCAAACUGAAGAAUGUCAAGUAUGAUGGAGGAGCUGAGACAGAUCAUCACUGGAGUCCAGAGAGCAGGAAGAUGAUUGAGUCUCUGGGAAAACUGGCUUUUGAUCAGCUGCAGAAAGGCAACCUGAUCUUCUAUGAAUCAGACCUGAGAGAGUGUGACAUCGAUAUCAUAGCAGCCUCAGUGUACUCAGGAGUGUUCACACAGAUCUUUAAAGAGGAGAGAGGACUGUACCAGGACAAGGUGUUCUGCUUUGUCCAUCUGAGUGUUCAGGAGUUUCUGGCUGCUCUUCAUGUCCAUCUGACCUUCAUCAACUCUGGAGUCAACCUGAUGGCAGAAGAACAAUCAUGGAUGACUGGACUUUGGACCUCUCUGUUGUCUAAAGUAGUUGGAGAAGGCUCUAAACCUAAACAAAUACACCUCUACCAGAGUGCUGUGGACAAGGCCUUACAGAGUCCAAAUGGACACCUGGACUUGUUCCUGCGCUUCCUCCUGGGUCUGUCACUGCAGAGAAAUCAGACUCUCCUACGAGGUCUGCUGACACAGACAAAAAGUAGCUCAGAAACUAAUCACAAAACAGUUGAGUACAUCAAGAUGAAGAUCAGUGAAAAUUUGUCUCCAGAGAGAAGCAUCAACCUGUUCCACUGUCUGAAUGAACUGAAUGAUCGUUCUCUAGUGGAGGAGAUCCAACAGUACCUGAGUUCAGGACGUCUCUCCACAGAUGAACUGUCUCCUGCUCAGUGGUCAGCUCUGGGCUUCAUCUUACUGUCAUCAGAAGAAGAUCUGGACGUGUUUGACCUGAAGAAAUACUCUGUUUCAGAGGAGGCUCUAAUGAGGCUGCUGCCAGUGGUCAAAGCCUCCAACAAAGCUCUGCUGAGUGGCUGUAACCUUUCUGGGAGAAGCUGUGAAGCUCUGUCCUCAGUUCUCAGCUCCCAGUCCUCUCGUCUGAGAGAGCUGGACCUGAGUAACAACGACCUGUGGGAUUCAGGAGUGAAGAUGCUAUCUGCUGGAUUGGCAAGUCCAUAUUGUACACUGGAAACUCUCAGGCUGUCCGGCUGUCUGGUCACAGAGAAAGGCUGUGUUGCUCUGGCCUCGGCUCUGAGCUCCAACCCCUCCCAUCUGAGGGAGCUGGACCUGAGCUACAAUCAUCCAGGAGACUCAGUGACUUGGAUGCCAACACUGGAAAAGCUGCAUAUCUGUACAGACCAUGGUGGAGAGCAGAAACUGAAACCUGGCAUGAGGAAAUAUGCCUGUGAACUCACACUGGUCCCAAACACGGCACACAGAAACCUCAAACUGUCCCACACCAACAAGAAGGUGACGAGGGUGAGGAAGGAGCAGAAAUAUGCUGAUCAUCAGGAGAGAUUUGACCACUGGCCUCAGCUACUGUGUAGAAAUGGUCUGACUGGUCGCUGUUACUGGGAGGUGGAGUGGGAGGGAGCAGUUCAUAUCGCAGUGACUUACAGAGGGAUCAGAAGGAGAGGAGAUGGAUAUGACAGCAGGUUUGGAGGCAAUGAUCAGUCCUGGUGUCUCUACUGUUCUGAUGGGCGUUACUCUGUCUGGCACAAAAAUGAAAAAACAGACCUCAGCCCCUCCUCCUCCUCCUCCUCCUCCUCCUCCUCGGUCUCUCACAGAGUAGGAGUGUACAUGGACCGUCCUGCUGGCACUGUGUCCUUUUACAGCAUAUCCCCUGACAAACAGAUCCACCUCCACACCCUCAACACCACGUUCACUGAACGUCCUGUUGCUGGAUUUGGAGUCUUGAAUCUUGGUUCAUCUGUGUCUCUGUUGUCUGUUUGAGGGAGAGUGUCCUCCUGUGGAGAGAAACAGGAAGGACUUCUGGUUAAUGUUUCCUAUAUACAUCAUACCAGCAAGGCCAUUUUGUUUUCAACAUUUGUAGGAACACAUGGGACAUAGUGACAUGAUGACAUAGUGACAUAGUGACAUGAUGACAUGGUGACAUGGUGACAUAGUGACAUGAUGACAUGGUGACAUGGUGACAUUUUUGUCACACGUCUUUUUAACUUGUUUUACUAUUCUGUUCCAGUUUUCCCUGAAAUGUAGUUUCCAGUAUCAGUUCCUGCUGAAACGUGUCUUUUUAUCUUUUUUUGUUCCAAAUAAAAUUC